CUAACCUUUUGACUCCUGCUUUUCCUUUGGGUGAUGAAAGAUUGACAAAACUAUAAAACUGGAUUUGGUGCCAUAAUUAUUUCACAUAUAUUGGAUAUCAAAUUACGUGCAUUUUAAUCGGUAAUUUUAGUGAGCGUUGGUAGUGAGAAAUACAAACUGUCAAACAGUGACGUCAACCACGUCAUAUCCGACUUGUGUUUUUAACUACCGGCGUUCAGUGUCCGCCAGAUCUCCAGCCAAAAUUUAAGUCGUCUUGAGAUGAUGAGGUUAUACGCCAAAAUAAUGUAUUCGGCUAACAAUCCCGUCCGUUAGAACACCAGUCUGUAGUAAUCGGCUUAGCGAGCUAGUUGAACAGGAACGUCAUGUGGGUCUUCGGCUAUGGAUCGUUGAUUUGGAAAGUCGAUUUUCCGUACGAGGAAAAGCGUGUUGGGUUCAUCAAAGGCUUCAGUCGCAGGUUCUGGCAGGGAAGCACAGAUCACCGAGGUGUUCCUGGAAAGCCUGGGCGGGUGGUGACACUAAUUGAAGACCCCGAGGGCUGUGUAUGGGGAGUUGCCUACAAGUUGCCCACAGGAAAAGAGGAGGAGGUGAAGAGGUAUCUUGACUACAGAGAAAAGGGUGGAUAUAGGGUAAUGACAGUAACUUUUCACUCUAAAGAAGAGAAACAUGAGCCAAUACAGGAAACAUUGCUCUACAUCGGGUCCUGUGACAACCCAAACUACCUCGGUCCAGCACCUCUGGAACUGAUUGCUCAGCAGAUCCUCAGAUCAGCUGGUCCCAGUGGCCAAAAUACGGAGUACUUGUUUGAGCUUGCUGACGCUCUCAGGAAACUGGUACCCGAAGACUCGGAUGAUCACCUAUUCUCCUUAGAGAGGCGGGUAAAAGAGCUUUUAGCAGACUCUGUAGUGACGAACUCGACUACAUGAACCGGAUGCUUAUUUAGAUGUUUAUCCAUGAAUUCUCUAAACACUUGAUGUGGAGUUAAACGGCACGUUUAAACUACUAUACUACACGGUCAGAAAAUACAAUGUUAUUUCUGCAAAUACUGAAGUCUUUUUUGCUUAUAAAUUAAAUAUUGCAAAUCAGAAUG